AUGUCACAAUCACUGGUCACUUCGUCACCAGUGUCAGGGCUGAAUGUGAUUGCUUUGAUCUCCGGCGGUAAGGACUCGUUGUACUCGAUUCUUCAUUGCAUUCGGAACGGACACAGAGUGGUCGCCUUGGCCAAUCUGCACCCUGAGGAACGAUCGCAAUUGUCCCGUGGUGAACCCCAAGAGCAGCAACGGCCCACCAGUGAAGACCUCAAAGGCCAGGAUGAGGGAUGGGGUGAGGAGGGGGAAGAAGAGGAGGACAUCGACAGUUUCAUGUAUCAGACCGUUGGCCACAGCAUCAUCCCACUGUACGCAACGGCACUAGGUAUCCCCCUCUACCGCGCCCCCAUCACAGGUGGUGCCCUCGACACUGCUCGUGUAUACCGGCAUGAUGCAGCCGACCAGGCUGCGGAAACGAACACACAAGAUGAUUCAAAUUCAGAAUCCACCUCGGAUCAAAUUGAAGAUGAGACCGAGUCCCUUGUUCCCCUCCUCCGCCGGAUCAUGCUGGCCCAUCCGGAAGCCAAUGCGGUCUCAGCCGGCGCAAUCUUGUCCACAUACCAGCGCACGCGCAUUGAAAAUGUCGCUGGUCGACUUGGUCUUGUACCACUGGCCUGGUUGUGGAUGUACCCUUCGCUCCCUGCGCCCGCAGAGCGGACCGCGGAUCCCGCGGCUGUUGCGCAGGCGGGGCUGUUGGAGGAUAUGGCAGCUUGCGGAUGUGAUGCACGCAUCAUCAAGGUUGCCUCGGGAGGACUGGAUGAUGGGUUUUUGUGGGAGAACGUGUCAGGUGCGUCGGGGGUGCGGAGACGUCUUGUCAAGGGCAUGAGUCGGUUUGCAGCACCAGAGGACAUCCGGGGUGCGGUUUUGGGAGAAGGUGGAGAGUAUGAGACCCUUGCGCUGGAUGGGCCCCGGUUCUUGUGGAAGCAAAGGAUUGAGAUUGAAAGCAGGGUUGUGGGCAUGGGCGAGGGAGGUGUGGCGUAUUUGAAGCUGAGAAGAGCAAAGUGUGUCCCCAAACCUGAUGACGAAAGGGAACAUCAGCCCGGAGAUGUUCGGAAGCCAGCUUUGCUGGAUGCUCCUUUCUCAGCUGUCUUGCAAGAGAUAUCUUCGGUUCCUGCGGAUGCGUCACACCCAUCCUCCUCACGACAGCCCGUGUCUUCUUCGUCCUGGUCGCUGGGUGAUGCGAACCAUCGAGUCUCCUCGUCCACGUGGGCCAUCUCUAAUAUCAAUGCGCCAGAAGCAGGCAUUGGUGCCCUGGAGCAGAUGGAAGGUAUCGUGGCGAAAAUACAACAAGCACUCACAUCCCCCCCGGACUCCGUAGCUGUUCCUCGGUCCACAGACGAUAUUGUCUUCGCCACGGUCCUUCUGCAGUCAAUGGCCGACUUUGCGCUGAUGAACAAGCUCUAUGUGUCCAUGUUCAAGAAACCCAAUCCACCAGCUCGGGUGACCGUCGCAUGUGGAGACUGUCUCCCCGCGAAUGUGAAGGUAUCAGUGUCGAUUGUUGUUGAUCAAGGUCCACGCACUUGGCGAGAGGGUCUUCAUGUCCAAUCACGGUCAUACUGGGCGCCUGCAAAUAUUGGCCCCUACUCUCAAGCGAUAUCAAUUCCUUUGCGUGAUGAGGGAAAAACCGUCUAUAUUGCAGGCCAGAUUCCACUCGAGCCGGCCUCGAUGGAAAUCAUCGCCCAGGACAAACCAGGUGUCGAGGGUUACCCUCUGCGGGCUACGUUAGCUCUUCAACAUCUAUGGAGAAUUGGCGAGGCCAUGCAAGUGAAUUGGUGGCUGGGCGCUGUCGCUUUCAUGACGGGCAGGGAGCACAUUCAAGCACAAGUUCAUAUUGCAUGGGAGAUUUGGCGGAAAGCUCAUGCUAAGCCUCGUGGAAAUGAGGAUGAUGAAGAUGAUGAAGAUGAAGGCCCGCAGCUGGAUGCUUGGGACAUCAAGUAUGGAGGUAGGGCGAUGGAGCUAGAGCCUCAAGUUGUUGAGCGGAAUCUUCCCGAUUUUGCGGUGUUGGAACAUGAUUCUGACUCGACCAUUCCGCCCUUCCUAGCCGUUGAGGUGCAUGAGCUUCCACGUGGCAGUGACAUCGAGUGGCAGGGCCUGGGCAUUCGGUGCUGCCAGGUGAAGAUACGAAGCUCCGACGACAGUGUUGAAAGCACGUUAGACGGGAAGUACCGGUAUCGCUGCAUAGAAAUCGGUCUUGAGCAGGGGCAGUCGUCGUCUACUGAGAGACUUCGGUCUCUCGUAACGUCCUAUUGCCGGCGGCCAAAGACAACUCAGGCGGUAUUGUACACUACGUUGCCCUUGCCAAACGACCUGUGGCCCGGCCAGAUUGUUCCAUGUCGAUCCGUUUGGGGCUCAAAGGAGCGACCUCUAGUGGCUGGGUUGGUGCUACAGGAGGAACUGCUCUGA